GCCGCCCCCGCUGAGCCCGCGCCCGCCGGGGCGCCGCCCGGCACCAUGGUGCAAAAGUCGCGCAACGGCGGCGUGUACCCCGGCCCGAGCGGGGAGAAGAAGCUCAAGGUGGGCUUCGUGGGGCUGGACCCCGGCGCGCCCGACUCCACCCGGGACGGCGCGCUGCUCAUCGCCGGCUCCGAGGCCCCCAAGCGCGGCAGCAUCCUGAGCAAGCCGCGCGCGGGUGGCGCGGGUGCCGGGAAGCCCCCUAAGCGCAACGCCUUCUACCGCAAGCUGCAGAAUUUCCUCUACAACGUGCUGGAGCGGCCGCGCGGCUGGGCGUUCAUCUACCACGCCUACGUGUUCCUGCUGGUCUUCUCCUGCCUUGUGCUGUCAGUGUUCUCCACCAUCAAAGAGUACGAGAAGAGCUCGGAGGGCGCUCUAUACAUCCUGGAAAUCGUGACCAUCGUGGUGUUUGGCGUGGAGUACUUUGUGCGGAUCUGGGCUGCGGGCUGCUGCUGCCGGUACCGAGGCUGGAGGGGGCGGCUCAAGUUUGCCCGGAAGCCCUUCUGUGUGAUCGACAUCAUGGUGCUCAUCGCCUCCAUCGCCGUGCUGGCUGCCGGCUCCCAGGGCAACGUCUUCGCCACGUCUGCGCUCCGGAGCCUGCGGUUCCUGCAGAUCCUGAGGAUGAUCCGCAUGGACCGGCGCGGCGGCACCUGGAAGCUCCUGGGCUCCGUGGUCUACGCCCACAGCAAGGAGCUGGUCACCGCCUGGUACAUCGGCUUCCUCUGCCUCAUCCUGGCCUCGUUCCUGGUGUACUUGGCGGAGAAGGGCGAGAACGACCACUUCGACACCUACGCCGACGCACUGUGGUGGGGCCUGAUCACCCUGACCACUAUUGGCUACGGGGACAAGUACCCCCAGACCUGGAACGGGAGGCUCCUGGCCGCAACCUUCACCCUCAUCGGUGUCUCUUUCUUUGCUCUUCCUGCAGGCAUCUUGGGGUCUGGCUUUGCCCUGAAGGUUCAAGAGCAGCAUCGGCAGAAGCACUUUGAGAAGAGGCGGAACCCGGCCGCAGGCCUGAUCCAGUCUGCCUGGAGGUUCUAUGCCACCAACCUCUCCCGCACAGACCUGCACUCGACGUGGCAGUACUACGAGCGCACGGUCACCGUGCCCAUGUACAGCUCGCAAACUCAAACCUACGGGGCCUCCAGACUGAUCCCGCCACUCAACCAGCUGGAGCUUCUGCGGAACCUCAAGAGUAAAUCUGGACUCACCUUCAGGAAGGAGCCCCAGCCGGAGCCAUCUCCAAGUCAGAAGGUCAGUUUGAAAGAUCGUGUCUUCUCCAGCCCCCGAGGCGUGGCAGCAAAGGUGAAGGGGUCCCCGCAGGCCCAGACCGUCCGGCGGUCGCCCAGUGCUGACCAGAGCCUCGAGGACAGUCCGAGCAAGGUGCCCAAGAGCUGGAGCUUCGGAGACCGCAGCCGCGCGCGGCAGGCCUUCCGGAUCAAGGGCGCCGCGUCACGGCAGAACUCGGAAGAAGCAAGUCUCCCUGGGGAGGACAUCGCGGACGACAACAAGAGCUGUAACUGCGAGUUUGUGACCGAGGACCUGACCCCGGGCCUCAAAGUCAGCAUCCGGGCCGUAUGUGUGAUGCGGUUCCUGGUGUCCAAGCGGAAGUUCAAGGAGAGCCUGCGGCCCUACGACGUGAUGGACGUGAUCGAGCAGUACUCGGCAGGCCACCUGGACAUGCUGUCGCGCAUCAAAAACCUGCAGUCCAGGAUAGAUAUGAUUGUGGGCCCCCCACCCCCUUCAACUCCCCGGCACAAGAAGUACCCCACCAAAGGACCCACGGCCCCUCCGAGAGAGUCACCCCAGUUCUCACCUAGAGUGGACCAGAUCGUGGGGCGCGGCCCGGCGAUAACCGACAAGGACCGCACCAAGGGCCCGGCCGAGGCAGAGCUGCCCGAGGACCCCAGCAUGAUGGGACGGCUGGGGAAGGUGGAGAAGCAGGUCUUGUCCAUGGAGAAGAAGCUGGAUUUCCUGGUGAACAUCUACAUGCAGCGCAUGGGCAUCCCCCCGACGGAGACUGAGGCCUACUUCGGGGCCAAGGAGCCGGAGCCAGCACCGCCGUACCACAGCCCCGAGGACAGCCGGGAGCACGGCGACCGGAAUGGCUGCAUCCUGAAGCUUGUCCGCUCCAGCAGCUCCAUGGGCCAGAAGAAUUUCUCGGCGCCCCCGGCUGUGCCCCCGGCCCAGUGCCCGCCCUCCACAUCCUGGCAGCAGCAGUGCCACCCGCGCCAGGGCCACGGGGCCUCGCCUGUGGGGGACCAUGGCUCCCUGGUGCGCAUCCCGCCGCCGCCCGCCCACGAGCGGUCGCUGUCGGCCUACAGCGGGGGCAACCGGGCCAGCACGGAGUUCCUGAGGCACGAGGACGCACCGGCCUGCAGGCCCCACGAGGGCGCCCUGCGGGACAGCGACACGUCCAUCUCCAUCCCGUCCGUGGACCACGAGGAGCUGGAGCGCUCCUUCAGCGGCUUCAGCAUCUCCCAGUCCAAGGAGAACCUGGACGCGCUCAACAGCUGCUACGCGGCCGUGGCGCCAUGCGCCAAAGUCAGACCUUACAUCGCGGAGGGGGAAUCGGACACGGACUCCGAGCUCUGCACCCCGUGUGGGCCCCCGCCACGCUCCGCCACGGGCGACGGCCCCUUUGGGGACAUGGGCUGGGCCGGGCCCCGGAAGUGAGGCUGCCCCUGGCCUCUCCCUGACUCCUGGCCUCCCGGGGUCCGAGGUGGGACCUUCCAGGGCCUUUCUUAGAGUAAUGCGGGUGUGGACACCCCUG